GUGUUGAAUCAGCUCCAUUAUGGGUUUAACAAUCUCCUCCCUCUUCAAUCGCCUUUUUGGCAAGAGACAGGUUCGUAUAUUGAUGGUCGGACUCGAUGCUGCCGGAAAAACUACGAUCCUCUACAAACUCAAGCUUGGAGAGAUCGUCACCACGAUCCCAACUAUCGGAUUCAAUGUUGAAACUGUUGAAUACAAGAACAUUUCCUUCACUGUGUGGGAUGUCGGAGGUCAGGACAAGAUCCGUCCACUCUGGAGGCACUAUUUCCAAAACACACAAGGACUUAUCUUCGUCGUUGACUCGAACGACAAGGAGCGUAUUGAAGAAUCACGUGAAGAGCUACAUAAGAUGCUGAACGAGGACGAACUUCGUGACGCUACUCUUCUCGUUUUCGCCAACAAGCAGGAUCUUCCAAAUGCUAUGACCGCCGCCGAAUUGACCGACAAGCUUGGACUUCACAAUCUCCGCUCAAGACAGUGGUACAUCCAAGCUACAUGUGCAACUCAAGGACAUGGACUCUACGAAGGACUUGACUGGCUAUCCAACCAGCUUUCCAAGACCUAAUUGCACAACUUACAUGUCCAAAUUCCCUUCUCCUCCAAAAUGUGUAAAUCCCUUUCCCCCAUUAAAAUAUUCUUAACCAACAGCCACAAUAAUCCACGCAGCCGUUUUAAUUUUGUUAAAUAGAAUUUGAUUGUUUGAUGGCACUGGGAGCUUCUAUUUUCUGUGUGUUAUUGGUACCCAUCUCUCUCUCUCUCUCCGUCCCCCCAACUUCAAAUCGGCCCGAGCCCUGUCCUAAUUUAUGUGAUAUUUGGCCGUCUUUUUUGGUCAAACUCUCCGAAACCACCACUGUGAACUAGUCGGAGAGCAAUCGAUGGCUGGUCCACUUCAUCGCAACAGUUUAAUUUAUUUGAGGGUGUUGAUGAAUAAUAUUUUAUAAAA